UGUAUUUGUUACAUUGUGGGCGUGGCAUUGUCUGCAAUUAUGGAUGGUCCUGGUGUAUUUAAAUGGAUCACAUUUCAAGAGAUACUGUUUCUCUUCAUAUCUUGUUCAGUAUUAGCGUUCCUAUUAAGAUCACAGGAUAGCCUAGAGUUUAAACUAGUACUGAACGUUACUACUGAGGAAAGGGCGGCCAGAGAGAAUUAUGCCAAUCAGAAAUUCCCUCUUAGAAAUGAAAAACUUCCUUUACCUAUUGUAACUGAUUUGGAAAGUGAUGGACAAACAGAUGUUAUACUAGUCAGUGCUGAUAAGGUACUCAAUGUAUACUCACGCCAUUAUACACCUUCUUAUCUUGGACACCAUGGGAUCAAACACAGUAAUAAGAAUGUGUCAUUGUUGAAGAUGUCACGUGUUGUUGCUAUGACAACCGGUUUCCUACAACCGUACCAGUCAGUGGUACAAGUACGCAAGCAGGUAAUAGCAGUCCUGUAUUCUGAUUGGACGCUCAGUUGCUAUAAUCACAACCUCAAACUGAUGUGGAGUAAGAAACUGAAUGAAAAUGAAAUCCCAAUUUCCAGUGAAGCUAGUUUGUUAGUGUCUGCCAUUAGCAUCAAGAAGAGUCCAGCUGGAGUUAUACUAGUAGGAGGAAGAAUUAAUGGAAACUAUGACAAUAAUAAUAAUAAUGAUAAUAUUGGAGGAGAUAGUGAUAAGAGAAGGAUGAGAAGAGGAGCAGAACAGGAAAAGAUAGAGCAUCAAAAAUGGAUACCGAAAUUGAAUCAGUACAAGCGUAAGAAAGUUAAUCACGGGAACACUGAACCAUUCACUCCUUUAUUAAUUGAGAGUCCUUCCCACCAACAUCCUCUCAAAGUAUCCACUCUAAGACGUAACUCCUCCUUCUCCCUCCCAGUGGGCGUGGCCUAUGACUCCAUAUUCCUAUUAAGUAGUGGGCGUGUCACAAGUAUUGGACCCCGAGGACAGUUCAACUGGCAGACUGAUACUGAAGCAGAUUGGGAUUUCGCUACUGAUACUAUUUAUAGUAACAAUGAGUCGCCGGUAGGUGGGGCUGAAGGGGGCGGGGACAAGAAGAGGAAGAUGGAGUAUGAUUUUGUUAGUGAGUCAUUCAGACCAUCAAUGUCAGCUCUAGCUCUUAAAUCAUAUGGAAAGAAAGAUCAUAUACUACUGAUAGGCUGGUAUUCAGUGACAGUAUUGGAUGCUACUGAUGGUUCAAUACUAGUCCAACACAUACUCUCCUCUCCUCCUUUAUCCAAACCAGUCAUUAGUGACUUCACUGAUGAUUCAUCCAAUGACAUUAUAAUACAAACACAACAUGGUCUGAUAGGAUUAUCACUGGUCCAUAGAUCAGGUUUCCUCCACUCCACUAUAUUGUCAUUGUUCAUUGGAUUCAUUAUUGUCCUGGUGGCUGUGUACACUAGACAGAGAACUGGUUUCCUCAUGCCUAAGAUAAAGGAGGCACAAGAUUAAUGACUUGUAACUGAGAAUUGAUCUCUGUGUGUAUGUGUGUACAUUUUUUUAUAAUUAUUGAUUUGGCAUGAUUUACUUUUUGCUUUCAUUUAAUGCUGUGUUUACACUA